GCGAUCGUCGCCGUGACAACACGUAUCAGCACAGGUGAUUCGUGUGUGCCACCUCCCCCGCCGUGUGUUGCCCACCUGUGCCCGUACAUUCCCCUUGCUUCCGUUCGAUUCGAGAGUUCACUAAGAGUGAACGCCUCAAUGUGGGUCUUGGUUUGCGUACAAGCCGAAGCCACACUGUUCCCUCUCCACCCACGCCACUCAGCUUCUUCCCCAAACCAGCACUCCGCGUCUUCUGUUCCUUUCAUGCCCUAUAUAUGCUCUUCACCUUCCUCUCUUUCUCUCUCUCUCUCUCUCUCUUUCUCUGUGAAGCCACCCACCAUGAGCGACGAUGUGUACAUGGAGAUCCUCGCCAGGCUCCCUUUGAAGCCCUUGUUCAGGUUCAAGUGCGUCUCCAGAGCCUGGCGCCGCCUCAUCUCCGACGACUACUUCCUGCGGCGGCUGCCGCUGCUCACCUCCGCCGUGUUCUACCACUGCAACGCCGACGCCAAGGAGGCGAGAUUCGCGUGCACCUCCGGCGGUGGCGAUCUCCAGGAGUGCGGCCUGGAGUUCUUCCCCUUCCACCGGGACUCCGACAUCGUCGACUGCUGCAGCGGCCUUCUGCUCUCCUACUCCAGACUCCGCGCCACGUUCUACGUCGUCAGCCCCAUCACCAAGCGGUGGGUGGCGCUGCCGCAGACACUUAAGAGCACCCAUCUCGCCGUGCUGGCCUUCGAUCCCUGCCACUCCUCGGAGUACAGGGUGAUCUCCUUCACCGGCUGGAUCGCGCAGGGUUCCGAGCUCGAGGUCUUCUCGUCGGCGACCGGGGACUGGGCACAGCACAGCCUGCACUGGGGGGUCGACUCCGACACCAUGACGGCCACGCUACGGUACUUCGCUGGAAUCCUCUACGUUGUUGCCUUCCCCAACUACAUUGUGGCGAUCGACCUCGACGGUAUGAGGUGCCGUCGGAUCGAGUUGCCGGAGCCCAUCAAGCCCGAAGGGAGCAUCGACAAGUCCGGCGGUUUUCUCCACUACACCUGCAGCGACGGCGGCCGGCUCAAGGUUUGGAUGCUCGAGGACGCCGACGGUGGUGAAUGGGUGCUGAAGCACAGCAUCGAGGUUGCGACGAUCUUGAGACAAGUUCCGGUGAACACGCGUCAGCAGCUGCAACUGUUGGCGCUCCACCCGGAGAGGGAGGUGGUGUACCUGCGGGCGCCGGGGAGGCUCGUGUCGUAUGACCUGGAGAAGAAGGAAGCCGAGGUGGUUUGCGAGUUCAGGAAGGAGAAGGAGGGAGUUUACUUGGUGCAGAUUUGGCUGUUCCCUUUCUCGGGGCACAUGUCGCAUUGCUUGGCUCAUUGAAGGCAGUAGACAUCCAGUAAAAGCUGAAAGAAGAGAAUGCAGUAAUGUGUCAGUUCAUCUCUCACAGAUACUUGUAAUUUGCUUUGAUGAUUUCCAUUAAAGCUAUGCAUUCGACAAAUUAUUUAUGAAGAAGGCAUGUCCAUACUUUUUCA